AUGGCCAGUCUGAGCACUUACAUCUCUGGCUCCGAGGCACUAUCCUCGGAUCAAUCUAUGCGCGAAUACAGGGAAGCGCUAGAAAGUACCGCGAACAGGCUCGCGAUGGCUGAACGGGAGAAGGCCUAUGUCCUCGCGCAGGCACAGAACGCGAUGGACGAAGCGGAGAAGAACUUCAAGACUCAGAUUGAAGAUAUGUGGGGUCAGUUACAAGAGGAGAAGAAGAAUGCUCAGCAGGCGAGGACGGACCUGCAAGACUAUAUCAUCAAGGCGAAAGAAGAGAACAAAGCACGCGUGCGUGCGGAGAAGGAACUUGCGGCACUCCAAACCCAAUGUGCCUCGCAACAAGAGCUGAUCUCGUCGCUGCAACGCACCGCCAUGGCUGACAAAGACGAGAUUCAAGCGCUCAAGGAUGCGCUAGCAUUGGAACGGAGAAAGGUCGGAAGUCAAGGCGGUGCUGAACCCACUCGCGAUAAUGAUCAGCCUCAAACCGGCACGACAUCUGGAGAGGGAACCGCAAAACGCGUUCGCAAGCCUAGGGGUACUAAGAGACCGGCUGACGAUCACAAUGCCGAGCCAGCGUCGACUAGUCGUGCGAAGAAGCGUGUUAAAGCGUCUAUGCCAGCCGAGACCACACAGACUGCCCCUUCACAUGAAGGACAAUCUGUAAGCGAUCCGCCACGUCCAUCAUCAGGACGCCCAUCGGAACAGCCCGUCCAACAGGCUUCCUCGUCUAGCUCAAGCCCGGCCAAAACUUCCAGAGGCGCCAAGUUGAGUAUCAAGCACUUCGUCACUGCGAGGUCUCCCUCGAUUUGGGAUAAGGAUUGUCGAGUGGAUUUACCGCCUCUCACGGGUUGCAAAGGGGAUAUCUAUGAGAUGGGGGAUAUUGUUAGCGUCAAGGACCCCACCGGGCGCCUGAACGGUCUACCCUCCAGUGACUCAGAUGUGUGGCACAAAACAUUGAUCGGUGUGUUGUGUAACUAUAGCACGCAUGGACUAUGUACUUUGCACGGAGAGCCGACGUGCCUCCGAUCAAAGUUCGGAGAGAAACCAGACGCAAAAGCGAAAUCUGUCGCUGUCGCAUGGAUAAUGUCGCAGAAUCAUAUCGAAAAACUCUUUGCCGGGAGAAUCAAGAGCUACGGAGAUAUGAUACCUCAGCGUCAGUUCGAAGAAGCGACAUGGCUCAGAGAGCACUUUUUUGACGCAAAGAUUCCCAGCAACCAACGGUUUCCGACUGCCCUCGGAGUCGAAUGGGUGAAUAUCAGUGAUCUCGAUGGCCUGGUCAGCCCGAUCGACAUCGGUACCGGCGCUAGCUCACAUCGCCCCGUUGUCGUCGAUUGGAAGGGUCCUGCACUGUGUACAGGCUCGAUCAAGGGAAAAGAAGGCCAGCUCGUAUUCGAGAUAAGGCAAUACCCUACUCUUAAGCUUAAUCAAGUGGUCCCGAAAGGCUGGGUCAUCGAGUGA